UCGCUCGGGCCGAGGGUCGGGCUAUGCGGCUGCAGGUAUCCGGAGGCUACGGGCGCGCGUCCCUGCGGCGGCGGCGUCCUGGGGGCCCGCGCCCCGUGCGCCCCCGCUGCGGGCGCCUGCCCUCUCCACCGAGCGGCGUCUUUGUGUGCGGGGGUGUGGGAGGCAAGGCGAGGCGCGACUCCGCGCCGCGCCGCCGAGUGCCCGCUCCCUCCCCGGGCGGGUGGGGGCCUCUCCGCGCCGCCCGCCGCCACCGCCGCCUAGCGAAGACGCCCGCCGCCCGCACCACGCCGGGCGCGCCGCCCCCGCCCGCCACCGCCGCCGCCGCUGCUCGCACAUGCCCGAGCCGCAGCCCUGCGAGCAUACAGCCCCGGUCGCCCGCCCCGCGGCCUCGGGCCCCGGCUCCGGCGCCGUCCCUGCUCCCGGGCCGGGCGCCGCGGCCCCGGCAUGAGGAGCGGGCGAUGAUCCCUGCCAACGCCUCCGCCAGGAAGGGGCCUGAGGGGAAGUAUCCGCUGCACUACCUCGUGUGGCACAACCGCUACCGCGAGCUGGAGAAGGAGGUCCGUGCGGGCCAGGUGGACAUCGAGCAGCUGGAUCCCCGUGGUCGGACUCCCCUGCACCUGGCCACCACACUGGGGCACCUGGAGUGUGCUCGUGUGCUCCUGGCGCAUGGUGCAGACGUGGGCAGGGAGAAUCGCAGUGGCUGGACAGUGCUGCAGGAGGCUGUGAGUACCCGGGACCUGGAGCUGGUGCAGCUGGUGCUGAGGUACCGGGACUAUCAGAGGGUGGUGAAGCGACUGGCGGGCAUCCCCGUGCUCCUGGAGAAGCUACGCAAGGCCCAGGACUUCUACGUGGAGAUGAAGUGGGAGUUCACAAGCUGGGUGCCCUUGGUGUCCAAGAUCUGCCCUAGUGACACCUACAAAGUGUGGAAGAGCGGGCAGAACUUGAGGGUAGACACCACGCUCCUGGGCUUUGACCACAUGACAUGGCAGCGAGGGAACCGCAGCUUCGUCUUCAGGGGCCAAGACACGAGUGCCGUGGUCAUGGAAAUUGACCACGACCGCCGGGUGGUGUACACAGAGACCCUGGCUCUGGCCGGGCAGGACCGGGAGCUGCUGCUGGCUGCUGCCCAGCCCACUGAGGAGCAGGUGCUGAGCCGGCUCACCGCGCCUGUCGUCACCACGCAGCUGGACACCAAGAACAUCUCCUUUGAGAGGAACAAGACCGGCAUCCUGGGCUGGCGCAGUGAGAAGACAGAGAUGGUGAAUGGAUAUGAAGCCAAGGUGUAUGGGGCAUCUAAUGUGGAGCUUAUCACUCGGACUCGGACAGAGCAUCUUUCGGAACAGCACAAGGGCAAGGUCAAAGGCUGUAAGACGCCUCUGCAGUCCUUCCUGGGAAUUGCUGAGCAGCAUGGGGGCCCCCAGAAUGGGACCCUGAUCACUCAGACCCUGAGCCAAGCGAAUCCCACUGCCAUCACUGCAGAAGAAUACUUCAACCCCAACUUUGAACUUGGUAACCGGGACAUGGGCCGUCCCAUGGAACUGACCACCAAGACACAGAAGUUCAAGGCCAAGCUGUGGCUGUGUGAGGAGCAUCCCCUGUCCCUGUGUGAGCAGGUGGCCCCCAUCAUUGACCUCAUGGCUGUCAGUAAUGCACUUUUUGCCAAGCUCCGGGACUUCAUCACUCUGCGUCUGCCUCCUGGCUUCCCAGUGAAGAUUGAAAUCCCGAUCUUCCACAUCCUCAAUGCCCGCAUCACCUUUGGAAACCUCAAUGGCUGUGAUGAGCCGGUGCCAUCGGUGCGAGGCAGCCCCAGCAGCGAGACCCCUUCCCCAGGCAGUGACUCCUCCAGUGUCAGCAGCUCCAGUUCUACCACCUCCUGCCGUGGUUGCGAGAUCUCCCCCGCAUUGUUCGAGGCUCCACGUGGCUACAGCGUGCUAGGCGGCCAGCGAGAAGCGGUGACCCGCGAGGAUGAGGACGACUUGUUGCAGUUCGCCAUCCAGCAGAGCCUGCUUGAGGCGGGCAGUGAGUAUGACCAGGUCACAAUCUGGGAGGCGCUAACCAACAGCAAGCCAGGCACCCACCCAAUGUCCUAUGAGGGUCGCCAACAGGACAGGAGCGCCCCACCCACGCCGCAGCGGCAGCCCGCACCCCCUGCGAGGGUGCCCAGUCCUCGGCCCAGCCAGGGCCGGGGCUCCAGUGGCCACGUGUUUCGGAGUUACGACGAGCAGCUGCGGCUGGCCAUGGAACUGUCGGCUCAGGAGCAGGAGGAGCGGCGGCGGCGCGCGCGCCAGGAGGAAGAGGAACUGGAGCGCAUUCUGCGGCUCUCGCUGACCGAACAGUAGCGCCCCCUGCUGGGCCUCUCGUCAGUCUCCACGCACGACCAGACCCGGACCCGAGAGAGACGGCCCGGCCCACGCACCUGCCGACUCUGGUUCCAUCUACUCGGGGAUGCAGCGGCGCACCGGACACAAGACAGGGUGGGGUUUGACAUGGGUAACUUUCCAGGCCAGGGCCCUGGAGGCAACUGGCACAGCCGGACGGGUCCCCCUGCUUUGCUGUAUCCUGACCCCUAAUCCGCUCCUCUAGGCUCUGAUCUAAGGGCGGAGUAGGUGGUCCUGAAGGGGCAAUCCUUAGGAGGAGCAUUGUCCCCAUCUCUGGCUCCUUCUGGCCGGUUCUCCUUUCUGCUCACUGACCCCACUCCAGGACACUGCCCCUGAAAGCCUUUGCAUCUCUGCUCUACCCUUGGGAGGCAGCUGAGCUCUCGUGCUGUGUCGCUGCUUUGUCCCAGACACAAACCAGCACGUCAAAGGCCCAGCCCCUCCCCCAUCCCGGCAUUUCAGCGUCAAGUGCACUUAGCGGGGUGCCCGGCUCCCCCAACCCCCACACCUGUCCUGGGUCUCAGGGUGUCCCAGCUUCUCCUUGGGCAUCCAGAAGUUGGAGUCCCUGUCCCCAAGGCACUUUUUUUUUUUUUUUUUUUUCUGAUCAGGGAGUGUAUCCAAGGUGUCCCCCUGGCCUGAGCAAGGCCCGACUUCCUCAUGGUGCCUUGGAGUGUGUGUGUGGUGGGGCAUAUUGGGCUGGGAGCAAGCACUAGACCCGACACAAAACUGACUACAAAGGGGUUGCCCAGGGCCCUGGCACCACUACCCACCCCUUCCCACCAGCUGCUGCUAGCCCUCUGUGGUUGUGCAUCCCUCUUGCCCCCACUCCGGGGGCUGACUCUAAAACCCUUCAUCCAAUGGUGCUAACCCCCGGCUCUCCUUGCCCCAUCUCACCCAUCCAGAGAAGCACAGACCCGCCAGGGGCAGGGGCCACUGCACACCCUUGUCCAUAGCCUCUCUAGGACUGGCCUUCCCAGCCCAGCCAGCGAGGCUCAGAAGGGACACAAAAAGGGGACAGAAGAAAAGAGCAACAAAGAGAAAUUGUUCCUCCCACUCCCUUCCCUGAUGCCAGGGGCACCAGACUGAUUCUGAGGCACAAUAAAAGAGACUUCAAACCGGA